GUCAGUCAGUUCAGUGUGUCAUCUCGGUCAUCUCGCAUGAGUAGAUUGGUAUCGUGUUUUUUCUCGUUCCGCUAACGAGUUAAGAUUCUCCGUUGAAUAAAUAGAUAACUCUUUUGAACUGUGUCUAAUGAGAAAGUGAACGGCAACAAUCCGAUGGCUCCACCGAAGAAAACCUCAAAAAAAGACCGUACGGUGGCUGGUCCUGGUGGUUCUGGUACCACUACGGGAGGUUUCGGGGAACAUAAGUUCAGUAAAAAACGACGACCGGAAGAUGAAGCGUACUCGGCGUUAGCUAGCGGUAACAUCGACGACGAUGAAAGCACCAUGGAUGGGGAGUUCGUACCGGAUGCGGCAACGAAAAAUGCUGAAAAGAUUGAUGAUGCCAUCCAAGAGGAUGAAUAUGGAGCAAAAGACUAUCGCUCUCAGAUGGAGCUAAAACCGGAUAACGCAUCACGACCUCUCUGGGUUGCUCCUAAUGGUCACAUAUUUUUGGAAUCCUUUUCACCCGUGUACAAACAUGCACAUGAUUUUUUGAUUGCCAUAUCUGAGCCAGUUUGUCGCCCGGAACACAUUCACGAAUAUAAGCUGACGGCAUAUAGUUUGUACGCCGCUGUUUCUGUAGGCCUGCAGACACAUGAUAUCAUCGAGUACCUCAAACGUCUAAGCAAGUGUACCGUUCCAGAAGGCAUUCAGGAGUUUAUUCGUCUUUGUACACUUUCCUACGGAAAGGUGAAACUGGUGCUUAAGCACAAUAAAUACUUUGUCGAAAGUCCUCAUCCGGAAGUGCUGCAGAAGCUUUUGAAAGAUCCGGUAAUUCAGUCCUGUCGUUUGCGUCGAACCAACGAGGAGGGUGAUGGAUUUAUAACACAAACCGUGGAAACAAAAGGAAUCACGGCUUUUGGAACAACCAAGAUUGGACCCACAACUGCUACAGGGGCGACAGCAGAAGGGGAAAAGCCCGUAGAGCCUGCUGCUGCGACCGUAGUUCCAGAAGAUAUUACGAACUUCUACGAUAAAAUGGACAACGAAGAGGAUGAAGAAGAGGCAAAUUUUAACACCGUUUCUUUCGAGGUUAACCAGGAGAAGAUUGAGGUGCUACAGAAGCGAUGCAUCGAGAUUGAGUUUCCUCUGUUGGCGGAGUAUGAUUUCCGCAAUGAUACAAUCAACGUAGAUAUAAAUAUAGAUUUGAAACCAGCAGCUGUGCUGCGCCCAUAUCAGGAGAAGAGCCUACGAAAGAUGUUCGGCAAUGGAAGAGCUCGUUCCGGUGUAAUUGUUCUUCCCUGCGGUGCUGGAAAAUCACUGGUAGGCGUAACGGCAUGCUGUACGGUGCGUAAGCGUGCAUUAGUUCUUUGCAACAGUGGAGUUUCGGUUGAGCAGUGGAAACAGCAGUUUAAAAUGUGGUCCACAGCGGACGAUAGUAUGAUCUGUCGGUUUACAUCCGAAGCCAAGGACAAGCCUAUGGGUUGUGGAAUUUUGGUAACAACCUAUUCUAUGAUAACACAUACGCAGAAACGUUCCUGGGAAGCUGAGCAAACUAUGCGCUGGCUGCAGGAACAAGAAUGGGGCAUCAUGGUCCUGGAUGAAGUACACACCAUUCCAGCGAAAAUGUUCCGACGUGUUUUAACGAUUGUUCAGUCACACUGCAAGCUUGGGUUAACGGCUACCCUUCUACGAGAGGAUGAUAAAAUUGCUGAUUUAAAUUUUCUCAUUGGGCCAAAGCUAUACGAGGCAAAUUGGUUGGAACUUCAAAAGCGAGGCUAUAUAGCCCGAGUUCAGUGUGCUGAGGUUUGGUGCCCGAUGGCUCCGGAGUUUUAUCGUGAAUAUCUCAUUACAAAAACGUCCAAGAAGAUGUUACUCUACGUGAUGAAUCCAGCCAAGUUCCGUGCCUGUCAGUAUCUCAUCCGUUAUCACGAGAAGCGUGGUGACAAAACGAUUGUUUUUAGUGAUAACGUAUUUGCACUCAAGCAUUACGCUAUCAAAAUGAACAAACCGUACAUCUAUGGGCCAACAUCGCAAAGCGAACGAAUUCAAAUCCUCCAGAAUUUCAAGUUCAACCCAAAGGUUAAUACCAUUUUUGUGAGCAAAGUGGCCGAUACCAGUUUCGAUUUACCGGAAGCUAAUGUGCUAAUUCAAAUUUCCUCGCAUGGCGGUUCGCGUCGACAGGAGGCCCAGCGUCUGGGUCGUAUUUUGCGUGCCAAAAAGGGAGCGAUCGCCGAAGAGUACAAUGCCUUUUUCUACACGCUCGUGUCUCAGGACACCCUUGAGAUGGGAUACUCACGCAAGAGGCAACGGUUCCUGGUGAAUCAGGGUUACAGCUAUAAAGUGAUUACACAUCUGGCCGGAAUGGACAGCGAUGCGGACUUGUUUUACAAGACGCGCGAAGAGCAGGGCCAACUGUUGCAGCAGGUGCUUUCCGCCUCCGACAUGGACUGCGAAGAUGAGAGGAUUCCCGGCGAAGGAGGCGGAGUGCCUAGGCCUGGGGCGUCCAAGCGAACCGGGGGACUCAGCUCGAUGUCCGGUGCGGACGAUGCUAUCUACUUGGAGUUCCGCAGGAAGAAGGAACAUUUGCAUCCACUGUUUAAGAAGUUUCGGGGUUAGGGUGGAUGUAUUUAGGCUAUGUAUUUCUGAAUAAAUAAAAAUGGAAAAAAAUCAAA